AACCCAAUUCUUCUCUCUGUUUUUGUUUAAAUCUUUCGAAUCAUAAUAAAAAAUUUUCUUGUUUCUUUAUCUCCUUCCAAAUUUCUUGAAUUGGAAUCCAAUUCUUUGGUUUCGUUUUUGGGAGUCAUUUGAAUUAGUCAAAUGGGAAGGCCCACGAGGAAGAAGAAAACGGGGGAUGAAGCGAAGAAGUCCCCCGACAGCGGCGGCAAACCCAGCAAGGUCUCCGAUCGACCCUCGAAGGCCUUUGAUGAAGACACGGCAAUGUUCAUCAACAUGUCGCAGGCGCUGAAAGAAGAAGGUAACAAGCUCUUUCAAAGGCACGACAAUGAAGGCGCCAUGUUAAAAUAUGAAAAAGCCCUCAAACUUCUUCCUAGGAACCACAUAGAUGUUGCUCAUUUGCGCACAAAUUUGGCUGCUUGUUAUAUGCAGAUGGGUGUUGGGAAGUAUCCAAAGGCUAUUAAUGAAUGCAAUUUGGCUCUUGAGGUCUCACCCAAAUACAGCAAAGCCUUGUUGAAAAGAGCUAGAUGCUAUCAGGGGUUGAAUAGGUUGGAAUUGGCGUAUAGGGAUGUUUAUAAUGUGUUAAUUAGUGAACCCAAUAAUUUGACGGCUUUGGAGCUUUUGGAUAGGGUGAGAAAGGCUAUUGAGGAGAGGGGUAUUACUGUCAAUGAGAAAGAACUAGGGUUGUUUGAUGCUGAGCCAACUGGGGCUUCACGUCUGCGGGAGAUUGUGAAGGAGAAAUUGAAGAAGAAGAAGAAUAAUAAGGGAAAUAAAGUUGAGGAAAAGAGUGAUAAAAGCAUGGAGGAGAAGAGUGAUAAGAGCUUGGAGGACAAGAGAACAGAGGAUAAGGUGGUUGUGGAGGAGAAGAAAGUGAGUGUUAUCAAGGAAAAGGAAGUAGUUAUGAAGAUUGUUGCUGAAGAAAAGAAGGCAGUUAGGGAAGAAAAAGUGAUUAGUAGGACGGUGAAGCUGAUCCUCGGGGAGGAUAUAAGGUGGGCACAGCUACCCUUGAAUUGUAAUGUUAAAUUGUUUAGGGAUAUAGUUCUGGACAGAUUUCCGGGCUUGAAGGGUGUUCUUGUGAAAUAUAAGGAUCAAGAGGGUGACUUGGUUACAAUCACUACAACAGAUGAGCUCAGGUUGGCUGAGUCAUCUGGUGGCUCACAGGGAUCACUUAAAUUGUAUAUUGUUGGAGUUUGUCCUGAUCAGGAACCAACUUAUGAAGGAUUAAACAAAGAGGAGAUCCAAAAGAGUGAUAAGAAUUGUGAUUUUGAGAAUGGAAAUUUUGAGAAAUACAUAGAAGUUGAAAAGAGGCCUACAUGUAUUGAGGACUGGCUUCUCCAGUUUGCAAGACUCUUCAAGAACCACGUUGGGUUUGAUUCUGAUUCCUACUUGGAUCUUCAUGAGCUAGGGAUGAAGUUAUACUCUGAGGCAAUGGAGGAUUCUGUGACGAGUGAGGAAGCACAGCAACUUUUUGAAAUUGCUGCAGACAAGUUCCAGGAGAUGGCAGCUCUAGCAUUGUUCAACUGGGGCAAUGUUCACAUGUCCAGGGCAAGAAAGCGGGUAUUUUUCACUGAAGAUGGCUCAAGGGAGUCUGUACUUGCUCAGAUUAAGGCUGCAUAUGAGUGGGCACAAAAAGAGUAUAAACUGGCAGCAACAAGGUAUGAAGAGGCUUUGAAAGUUAAACCUGAUUUUUAUGAAGCUCUUCUUGCUCUCGGACAGCAGCAGUUUGAGCAGGCGAAACUCUGUUGGUGCCAUGCAAUUGGGAGCAAGGUUGAUAUGGAGGCUGGUCCUUCCCAGGAGGUGCUAGAGUUUUAUAACAAGGCUGAGGACAGCAUGGAGAGAGGUAUGCAGAUGUGGGAGGAAAUGGAGGAGCAGCGCCUAAAUGGACUCUCCAGAUUUGAUGAUUAUAAAGCCCAGUUGCAGAAAAUGGGGUUGGAUGGGCUGCUUAAAGAUGUCUCGGCUGAAGAAGUUUCUGAGCAGGCUGCAAACAUGAGUUCACAGGUCUACCUAUUAUGGGGCACCUUACUUUAUGAGCGUUCUGUUGUUGAAUAUAAGCUUGGGAUACCAACUUGGGAAGAAUGUUUAGAUGUUUCAGUUGAGAAAUUUGAACUUGCUGGAGCUUCUUCAACAGAUAUAGCUGUUAUGAUAAAAAACCAUUGUUCCAAUGAAACUGCCCUGGAAGGCAUGGGUUUCAAAAUUGAUGAGAUCGUACAGGCAUGGAAUGAGAUGUAUGAUGCCCACAGGUGGCAGUUCGGUGUUCCUUCUUUCCGCCUCGAACCAUUGUUCCGUCGUCGGUCUCCAAAACUUCAUCACAUCUUGGAGCAUGUAUGAGCUUUCUGUUUAAAGAUUGGGUAUUACUUUCUGGCACUGAGAGAGUGCUUCAGUUUUCUGUUUGGUUGUGACACAGAUGCAGGUAUAUUUCUUUUUGUCUACGGGCUGAUGGAUUUGGCUCAUUCUUUUGCUUUCAAGCCAAGGAUGGAUAGUUCUUCACCAUUCAUGAAGUGUGAAGAAUCUUGUAAUGAAGGUGCACUUUUCCCAUGGAGGCUUGAAGCAUGUCAUUGCAUUCUUUUUCAUUUUUUCUCUUUUGGUUGGGUAUUAGCUUUUUGUUCAUAAUACUUCAUAGCUUGAGAUAGUGGGUAUAAUCAUCUGAUUGAUUCAUUUGCUAGGAUAAUAAUUGGUUGUAAAACCAUCUGCUAGUCUGUAUUCAAAGAAGCUCAUUAUUUUUUUUUAUUUUAGCUUUUAUCUGAUCCAAGUUCAAGCUCAUUAGACUGUCUAUUA